AUGGUUGUUCGACAGCGGCAGCAUUCAUCCUUCCUCAGCGACUGCCAUGUCAUCGCCAACGUCUGGCGCGUCAGUGGAUCCUUUGGACCUCAGCUUGCCAUCUCUUCCAGCGACCGCCCAUCACGAAAGACGACUGCGAACACCUGGGCCCACGCUCGCGACCCUGCUGGCUCAGAACCCAGCCGCUGCGGUCGCAAAAAUGAAAAGAUCUACUAUUGCAGGCAUUGCAUGGACCCACCAUACUUCACAAGCGUCUCGACGACCCUCCGAAACCAUCUGUUGAAGAUUCACAGCAUCGAGCUAGAGGCACCAGAGCAUCCUGUCAAGCGACAGCGAUCGCCUUAUUCAGGACGUCUUUGCCAAAACUGGAGAGAUACACGCGGCGAAGCAGCUGUUAGGACAAGAGGACGCGUUAAGAAGCGCCGUCAACCUCAAGGCGGCGCCUCGUGGCCGGAGUUGCAUGCGCUCAUUUCUGCAAUCAAUCCUGCAGCUGAUGGUGUCAUUAUUCUGUCAAAUGGCUCUCUACAGCAACUCGUCGCGGAUUCCUACAGCAUUCACAAAGACAUCCUGCGGAGAAAAGCGUCCCUCGGAAUUUGCGUGAGAUUUGUUGACGGAGGUACGAAGAAGGCCUUACAAGCGCUGCUGGCUUUACCGGAGCUACCUGGACUGGACGGCCCCAGCAGUCAUGGCAGCGCGGAACAAUGGAAGAUUCCGCGGCGUGUGAUUGCAGACUACAACAUCUGGUACAAGAUUGGUUUCUACACUGGCGAUAACCAUGGCUCAAACGACAAGCUAUGCCGCUUUCUGGGUGAACAUCUUCAAGGUAAACGCAUCGCUUGGGACACCAGGACGCAGCGAAUCCGUUGCCAUGGCCAUAUUCUCAACCUCGCUGUACAAGUCUUCCUGUUCAUGGAUUCCAAAGAAGCGAGCCUACACUAA